AUGAAGCCAGCAGAGAUCACAGUCUCUCUACAGAGACCUCUACAGCACAGAGAUACAGCCAUGGCACCUACAAUCACUGCAGCAAUGACCAAUUCUCAGGACCACCUGACUCUCACCCACAAGCUCAGAAAGCCUCUGGUGGAGAAGUUACGCAGAGAGAGAAUCAACAGCAGCAUCGAGCAGCUCAAGUCUCUCCUGAGUCCAGAGUUCCUCAAACAGCAGCCAGACUCCAAGCUGGAGAAAGCAGACAUCCUGGAGAUGACAGUUUGCGUCCUGAGACGACUGCAGCAGCAGAAUCAACAGCAAAAAAGACUGCUGAACCACUUCAACAAGCUGCAGUCCUCCUCUGAUGAGGACCUGAGACAGGCUGACAUCUCUCUGCUGAGCUCUACAGUCCAGUCCAGCUUCAACAAAGACGAGAGACCAGUCAACAGCGCCCUCUGGAGGCCCUGGUAG